AUGUUGACUACGGAAAGCCACAGUCCGGAUUACGAUGUGUCAAACAUAGAUAUGGCUGAGAUAGGUGAUUUCAAGCAUCUGGUAAAGUCUGCUUCUGCAGCCGCUGCUGCUCUGCCUUUGGCAGACCUUCCCAAAGCAUUCCAACUAUCCUUCGGUCUCAUUGAAAAAGUCAGUGAUCUGAUGCUAUCUGCGUUCAUCCCAAAUAAAAAGGAAAGUAGCUUAUGUCCACAAGCGUUGCAUCAACCAACUUCAACCAAGCAUACAAACUCCAUCAAGAAUGAUCAGGUUGACAAUACAAUAUUAUUCGAUGAGUUGGAAACAAAUCGAGAUUUCCUGAAAACCUCUCUUCGCUCUGUUGUAAGAAACAAGACACCAGAGACACAAUCUUCAGAACGAGACAUUACCCCUCUAGAUGCAGGAGAUGAGAAAUCAGUUGGCUUAAAGAUACAAUCUACUGAUGGAUUGGAAGCGUCAGACAGUGAGGUACAUGAGGACUUUGAACAUAGGCCUCGUUCGGUUCAUUCUUCUGUUUCGUCUUUACUCUCAACUUCUGAACGUCAGCAUCAUCAAGAUACUUACCUCAAUGAAGAAAUUGGGCGGAAAUCUCCCUCCGCUGUAGACGAAUCAACUGCAACUAGAGUUGUGAAAUGUGGAGGUUCGACCAAAUUAGAGGGUGCCGAUAACACUGAUCGAGUCACAGACACCACCGAAUCUUUACAAAUCAGUGCAGAAACGACACUCCAAAAAUCACACGGAUCCUAUUCCUCUACAUUUAUCCACACUCGUACUCCAUCUGCUCGUGAAUACGGACAAGGAUUACGCAGCUCCGCCGACCUACGUCGCUGGCGUCUUACAAGUACCGAUAGACUGAACACACUGAUUGAUGAAUGUGAACGCCAGAUCAACGGAAGAAAGUUAUAUGUAUGCAAAUUCUGUGGUAAGGUGUACGAAAUCAAAAGUAGUAUGCGGUAUCAUAUGAAAAUAAUACAUUUACAGAUGCAUCUUCGCACUACUGAAAUGCAGUGUCGUAUUUGUGGAAAGCAAUUCACAUGCGUUAGCGCUGUCAAUCGACAUCAAUCAAAAUGUGUGUUAUCCACGUAUCCCGAUAACAGCGUACAUCGAAAUAAAAGUUACUCUUUCAAUCUGUCCGGAUCAGCUGGGGGACAUACGGAUACCAAAGGAAACACUUGCUCCAGCACAUUCGGAACAACGGAAGUAAUGAAUAUCGGUGGAAAACUCAACCCUGCCUCAACGAACGAGCAAAGUUUACUGGCAUCAAGACAAAAUAAUGCUAGUUCGAGUGUGUUUCAUAACUUGGGGCUAACAUCUACUCCGAUAACAACGGUGUUAUCAGAAACAACGUAUUCCACAGGAUCCAAGGGUAUAAUUCAUCACGAUUCUAUUGGAAUGGUGGAACCACAUACGCCAGCAACAGGAAACACAAAUUGUUGUUUUUCACCUACAUGCCAUGCACGACCAUUCAACAGCCUAAAUUCACUACCAUCCGAGCUUAAUGUUGAUCCUUACUGGACUGCAUCUAGCACAUCAAUUCCAUGGCCAACUUUUCCAAAUCUGGGCUACAAUUUGUCCGAAAUGACUCCGGUCCAACUGGAAAUGUGUAUGAAGGCUGUGGUUCGGGGUCUUCAUUCUAAUCUUACAGGCAAUAAUCCGACAAGUCCAAUGGCGGUUGCCGAAUCACCGACCAUUAUGUCCAAAUCAAACAUAUCACCGAGCAUCAAUUCUGCAGAGCUUGCCAGUACAUCGGAUGCACAUCGGUCGUCUUUCUCCUCAACCUAUACAAAUACAUCAUCUGAAAUUUCUGAAGCGGAGCCAAGCUUUUCAAGCACCAAAUCAGAUGAGGUUGCCAUUGAUCUCUCAGCAAGAUCUCACCCGGACACAAUAAUGAUUGAGUCUUUUUGA